AUGAACGACGUCAGCUCUUCAGCGGGACCCUCACGUCCUCCUCAUCGACUCUCGGCUUCUCCUAAUCCUCAGUCAUCAUCUUCACCCCCCUCGCAGUCAGCCACACCGGAUGUACCGCCAGCCUACGAAGAUAGCUCAGGUCCACCGUAUGUAAAACAAUUCAAAGGCGGGGACGAUGAAGAAGAAGAGGAAGAGGGGUUGAUAUAUGCUCGACCCCGUCAGAAUCAGGACGAAGGUGAUUUAGGGGUGGUCGGGGUGGAACCAGGCCAUGAGAGUCAUAGACAUGCAACGUUGGAGAUGAAGAAGGCUUUGUGGUGGAAGAACGUCAUUAUAACGGGGAUGUUUAUCCUAUCCUGGUAUACAUUUGCUACUCUAUUAUCACUAUACAAUAAAUGGAUGUUCUCGCCAAAUUACUAUGGGUUUAGUUAUCCCUUAUUUGUCACCUGCUGUCAUAUGGUCGUACAGUUCGGUCUAGCAGCUCUGAUCAGAGUGACACUCGCGGAUAGGUUCAGACCGAAGGAGAGACCGACGAGGAAGGAAUAUGUAACUAAGAUCUUACCUACCGCUGCUGCUACGGGAGGUGAUAUAGGAUUAUCAAACCUUAGUUUGAAGACCAUCACCCUCAGUCUAUAUACAAUGUGUAAAUCAUCUACACUCAUCUUCGUACUCCUUUUCGCAUUCACAUUCAAGCUCGAAGCCUACUCCCUCCGACUCAUCUCAGUGAUCACUCUAAUAUCAUUCGGGGUGUUCUGUAUGGUCUUCAAUACUACCGCGGUAUCGAUCCCAGGAAUCAUAAUGGUGUUCACCGCGUCUGGCUUGGGAGGAUUACGAUGGGCGUUAACGGAAUUGGUCAUGCACAAGAAAGGGAUGGGUUUAAGUAAUCCGUUUGCGACCAUCUUCUGGCUUGCGCCCUUGAUGGCUGUUACGUUGGCGUUAGUCAGUAUGGUAGUCGAAGGUUGGUUUGAUAUCUUGUCGAGCGAUUUCUUUGUGGGGUUUCAGGCUAUAAAGACUAUGGGAGUGAUUGUUUUACCAGGAGCAAUAGCUUUUGCCAUGGUCGCUAGUGAAUAUUUUAUCAUCCAACGAGCUGGUGUGGUACCUCUCUCGAUUGCCGGUAUAUUCAAGGAAGUCUCGACGAUAUCCAUCUCCUCUUGGGUAUUUGGGGAUCAGUUGACGGGAUUGAACAUCAUCGGUGUGGUAAUUACAGUGUGUGGUAUCGCUUUGUACUCGUACCAUAAAUACCAGAAAUCCAUGGCUUCAACCGUCGAAUUAGACGCCUAUGGAAAACCUAUAUCAUCAGACGAUACUUCGCCGUUGAUUGCAUCGGACUCUCAUCGAUACACCACGACACCUCAGAACGAUCAUGAACAUGAACACCAGCAGAUUAUCGAUCGACAAUCGGCAGAAGUCCCUUUGACUCAGCUUGGGAAGAACAAGGAGACGGAAGAAGAGAGGACACAGAGGUUAAGAGACGAUUUUGAAGGUUGGGACAAUAAUAACAAUGGUGAUGAUGAUUGGAGUGAGGAUGAACCGGAAGAAGAGGAGGUACAGAGAAGAAGAGAUGAGAGAUUGGGGAAUGAUGCGGGGAGGAAAAAUAGUUGGGGUGAUUGGUGGGAUAAGGAGAUAUGA